AUGUCCAUCCAGAAUUUAAUUAACACAUUUGAUCCUUUUGCGGAUGUUGUCAAGAGCUUGGAGGACGAGGUCCAAGAUGGACUCGUGCACGUGCGGAUCCAGCAGAGGAAUGGUCGAAAAACUCUGACAACUGUGCAAGGGCUCUCAUAUGAAUAUGACUUGAAGAAAAUAGUCAAGGCAUGCAAGAAGGAGUUCGCGUGCAACGGAACCAUCGUGGAGCAUCCAGAGUACGGCGAGGUGCUGCAGCUCCAGGGAGAUCAGCGACAGAACAUCUGCCAAUGGUUGGCGAAAACGGGUCUCGUCAAACCAGAACAGUUGAAGGUGCACGGUUUCUAA